GGUAUAAAAGGUUGGUAGGUGGGGUGAAAUCAGGUCAGGAGCAAUUUGGAGAGACACUGGAUUUACACUUUCGGUCAUGGCUGACUUUGACAACGUUUUGAAAUGCUGGGGCCCUGUAGAGGCGGAUUACAGUGGCAUGGGAAACCUGGUGCUUACCCGUCUGUUCACAGAGCACCCUGAGACUCAGAAGCUCUUCCCCAAAUUUGUGGACAUCCCUCAGGCAGAUCUGAGCAGCAACGCUGCCAUCUCUGCUCAUGGGGCCACUGUCCUGAAGAAACUGGGGGAGCUGCUCCAGGCCAAGGGGAACCAUGGUGCUAUCUUAAAACCUCUGGCCACCACUCAUGCCAACAAGCACAAGAUCGCUCUUGGAAACUUCAAGCUGAUCACAGAGGUCAUUGUGAAGGUGAUGUCGGAGAAGGCAGGUUUGGAUGCUGCAGGACAACAGUCUUUCAGGAAUGUGAUGGCGACUGUCAUUGCUGAUAUUGAUGCCAACUACAAAGAGCUUGGUUUCUCUGGCUGAAGGCAACAAAUCUAAACAUUAGACACACAGCUGUGUCCAUUGGCAAUAUAUUCUCUUAGUAAUAGUAAUAAUGCUGUUUGGUUGCCAAUUUUAUAUUCUCCUUCUUUUAGUGAUAAUAAUCAUGAUGUUUGAUUGACAAUUUUAUCCUAAUAUUUUCAUGAUUAGAUCACCAUAAACCUUAUAAACAUGCAUUUCAAAUAAUAUACCAAUAAACUGCAUCUUUCUUUCAGUUCAUCUUUCAUUGCCUUGCAAUCUGUAAUUAUGUUCCUCAAUAAAAAUAAAAAAUAAAUAAAUAUUAUUAGCAUAA